GCCACUGUCUUUCAUAAAUUACCUCAAUGUUAGUUAUAUAUUAAAAAAAGAAACGAAGGAUGAAAACUGCCAAAUUAUAUGUAUGUGACUCCAAAGUUAAUCACACGCGCCUGUAACAGACAGCACUGCUAUCUUUGAAGUAAAACGGGUAGCUCGUUCACAGGCGCAGCGUCAUUCAAAUUGAAAGCCAACGGUCACACGUUAAACUCCUUAGAACAUCAGCGUGUAGAAGAAAACUUGUGAAGCCACGAAAGAACAUAAAAUGUAUCCGAAAAAGAAAUUCAGCAUCCAAUCGACGAUCCUUUUAAAAGUAACAUGAAGGUGAAAAGUCCCCAAAUGGCAAUAACAACGAAAACUCCAUCAUACUGACCGGACGUGUCUCGUCUUCAAAACGUCUCAAAAUAAACCACGUUAUAUUUUAUAUAAAAAUCCUAGAACCUGCCAAGCGUGAAACUGGCCUUAAAAUUGCAAGGUGUUGCGGUAUUGUAUAUAUGUAUAGGAUCCACAGGCAGUUCUAUAAGGGGUGCAGAUGGGUGGUACACACAGGCCGGUCUGAUGGAUCAAUAUUCAACCCUCCCCCCAUCCUCGUACAUGCGAUCAGUGGUGCCCCGACCGAAGAUUUUUCUCAAACUGGGUUAAGUCGCUCGUCUUUGCUUGAGGGCGGUUGGUUUUAACGUGGUUUGUCGGUCGGAAAACGUCGAUUGUAAAAGCUGUGCAUUUUCCAGAGGAACGUGAUCCGGAUGAAACGACCGUGAAGUUGAAGAUCGUCGGAGAUCACGGUAGAACGAUGGACAGUGGGAUAUGGGAACAGCAGCAAUCGGCUCGCUUUCACGCGAGGAAAACGAUAGAAAAGAAUUCUAGAAGUCAAUCGCGUCACUUUAGUUCGCCGUCAAAGUCAUGACGUUCGAGAACACGGGUGCUGAGCCGAAACACUACCUCCGCCACAUGUACAAAGCUACAAAGACAGAAUUGAUGUUAUUAGGAACAAAAUAAACGAGGAAAACGAGAAAGGAGAAACACAAAAAGAAGAAAUAUUAAUUGAAGUAAAAACGAAAGAGUAUCUAUAUAUCUAUACACACAGACAACAUAUGUAGACGCAUAUGCUAUAUUCUAAUGAGCAAGUAUUUAUGUAUGCAGUUAUAAAAUCAACUCUGAAGACACACAAUAGGAUAGACUGUUCUUCCUCUGUACGAGUAAUUCUCGUUUGCUAGUGAAUUGAUUGUCAUAGAAAAGUAUUAAAAGAUUUAGAAGAUAAAUUAGAAUAGGGCUUAGACUGUUGUAACUAUAGAAAGAGAAUUUUGAAGAGCCUGAAGACAAAGCAUAAAAGUGACUAUCACCUGUAACGAGCAUGGCUAUCAUUCCCUACGACGAGAGUUUGCUGUGGCUGGUGAUUGUUGGAUUCAUUGUUGCGUUCAUCCUAGCCUUUGGUAUCGGUGCCAAUGAUGUUGCAAAUAGUUUUGGUACCAGUGUCGGUGCUGGUGUACUUAGCAUAACACAGGCUUGCAUAUUGGCUACGAUUUUCGAAAUUGCUGGUGCUGUACUCAUAGGAUAUAAGGUAUCUGACACGAUGCGAAAAGGUAUUUUGGAUGUGUCCUUGUACGAAGGACACGAGAAGGAGCUGAUGAUCGGUGCGUUGUCCAGCCUUGCUGGUUCUGGUAUCUGGUUGCUGGUUGCGACAGCGUUGAGGCUUCCUAUAUCCGGUACGCAUUCCAUCGUGGGUGCCACUGUUGGAUUUUCAUUGGUUUGUCGAGGUACAGCGGGGGUGAAAUGGAUAGCCUUGGCGAAUAUCGCAGCAUCCUGGUUUGCAAGUCCAGUCUUAAGUGGCGCCGUGUCGGGCUCCAUUUUUUGGCUCUUGAGAAGAUCAGUUUUAAGAUCCAGCAAGCCCUUUGAUCGAGGCUUACACGUUCUUCCUCUGGCCUAUGGUCUUACGAUUGCUGUCAAUAUAUUGUCUGUGGCGCAUGACGGGCCUAAACUCUUAAUGUUGGAUAAGAUGCCAUGGUGGGGUAGUGCGAUAACCGCCGUGACAGCAGGACUCUUGUCUGGCAUCGUGGUCUAUUUGUUUGUCGUACCUUGGCAAAGAAAAAGAAUAUUGGUAUCCGACAAUACAGAAGACAAGACUACUGAUUUCAGUACCUGUGACAGAAAAGAGACUACUGCACUGUCAGUCAUCUCCCAAGCACCAUCCGGAAGUGGUGCCAAUGAUAACAGCAAAGAGGAGCCACCGAAGCUACGAGGAAACAAUAGUGCAAGUCCAUUAUUGUUAGCGGCUGGUGCCGACGUUGAAGGCGUUCAGGCGGAAGUGGAAGGAGAGGAUCAAGAGCUGCCGGAAGUCUCAAAACUGUUUUCCUUUUUGCAAGUACUCACAGCGGCUUUUGGUAGCUUUGCACACGGCGGAAAUGACGUGAGCAACGCUAUUGGACCUCUUAUCGCACUGUGGGCUGUUUAUGCCGAAGGAUCCGCACGUCAGGAAGCUGAUACGCCACUGUUGAUUCUUCUCUACGGUGGUCUGGGAAUUUCAACAGGUCUUUGGGUGUGGGGUAGAAGAGUCAUUCAGACACUUGGACAAGACCUGGCACGUAUUACACCUACAACAGGAUUCACUAUAGAGGUAGGAGCUGCCGUCACUGUUCUGUUAGCAAGCAAAGCUGGUUUACCAGUUUCCACUACACAUUGUAAAGUUGGUUCUGUUGUCUGCGUGGGAUGGGUAUCACGUGGAGGGGAUGGUGUCUCUUGGAGAUUAUUUCGCAAUAUUGCAUUUGCUUGGUUGAUUACUGUUCCGGUCGCAGCUUGUCUGUCAGCUGGAUGUAUGGCGCUCUUUAGGGAAUUUAUGACUUUGUGAUUGGAUCAAUAGGCGUUUAUGAAUCAUUGAGCAAAUACCAUCCAGUGCUACCAUUGUCAAUAAAUUAUUAAGAAAUAAAUUAUAAAAAUCUGGGA